AUGUCCAACCAUUCUUAUGCUUCAGAAGACAUCGAGCAAACUCGAAAACGGAAGGAAAUUGAUCUCGAUGGCACUGAAGUACCUCAACAGGAAGUCAAGGCGGCAAGAAGAGAGCUCAAACGAGAGGAAAAAAUAGAGAAAAAAGCUCUCAAGCUAAAGGUCACAUUUGCGGCGGAAAGUUCUGUCAACCAUUCAAUCGAUGAUACACCCUACGUUCUAGGGUACGGAUUCAUGAAUGUUGUUGGUCUAGGACCCAAUAUUACUCCGUACAAGCAUUUAAGAGGAGUGAAGAACCGAGGUGUAUCAAGGAUAGUCAAAUUAGCGGGACCAAAUAUGGCUGGGCUACAGAAAUCCGCUGUAGAACACUGCUUGAUUGUAGGUGUACGCAGGGCUGAGGUCGAUGUCUCUACCUUGGCUACAGACAUCACUAAGCCAUUCCAGGCUGUAAAAGCUGGCGGCGGUGGUGUAAAAUUUCCUGUCAUACUCUUCAAUGGACAGCACAGAUUGUCUGCAGUCUCCAUGGUUCUCAAACCAGCACUCAAAGCAUUGCAUGAAAUUGGACAGCAGCUGAAAAGAAGUCCAGACAACAGGGAUUUACAAGAACAAGAACAAAAGGCUCAUCAGUACUGUUAUAAUCAUGGAUCAUGGUUGGUGAAAGUCUAUGAUUUAGACACUUUGCAUGGAUCACCCAAUUAUACCAAUGUUAUCACUAAAAUAACAUCAAACAAUAUGAUGAAGGCACUUUCAAAUGACCCAAAACAUCACCUCUCGACCAAUAUCCACAACCUCAUAAAUUCACAAUCAGAGGAAGCUAGAAAACUGUUGAUACAUCAAAUAAUUCAAGAGGAAAAAACCGGUGGCAAUGAGGAUAUCCAGUCUCUGCUUUCGAAGCAUCCUCCUCUCGUGGAAUUCCUCAUGAGAAUGCAUGAGAUGGAAGUAUAUGAGGAUUUUUUUUCUCCAAAGAAACUUGUUGAAUGUAGGAGAGUAGUCUGGGGGUUUCUGAAACCUAUUCUCGAUGGAAAUUGGUUGCAGCUCUUAUACCUUUGCAGUCUGGUUCAGCUCCCAGGGCAGUUUAAUAACUCUGUCAGCACCUCAGAAGAGCUUCAUCAACAUGCCAUCACAACAUUUCUACAAGAAACUCCUUCUUUCUCAGCUGAUGUUGCCUCAUGGAUAACCAAACUAUCAGAGGAUUGCUUUUUGAAGUAUCUAGCGCCCAUUUCCAGUCAUUGGGGCUUGAAUACAGAAGAAUAUCGAACAGGCCAUAAUCUCUACUGGAAGGGUCUCAUUGAAGGAGUGGAGACCAGGGAGUUAGAUACAUUAUCAUCCUCUGAAACUUGGACAGAGGAACAGCACUCUAUUCUCAGAGAACUUCCCAAGAAAAUGAUGCUCAUCAGAUCUGUGCGGCCUUUCCAUGGUAGUUUAGGAAUUCCCCCAGGACUGGAAGAGACAGUGAUUCUUUGUCCAUCAUAUUGUCAAGCAAUGAUGGAUAUCUUCUCUAACAUGUCUCAGGACUUGGAAUUGUGGAUUUCCUAUAUGGUCCCAGCUACUCAAUUUUAUGCUAAGCAGAGACAAGGCAAAAAACAAAAACAACAGGAUGUGGACAUCCUUGGAAAUCAUCCUUCAACCUCAGAAGUGCUCAAAGAUUAUUUGAUCUACUGGACAUUUUCCAAGCAUGCAGAAUGGCGAAAUUUGUCUGGGAAAGAGUUCAUGAAGCUUGUGCCUGGUGCUACGAAGGAAUUAGGCUCGAUUUGGAAUGAAAUCAUCACCAGGAUUGUUCAGCAUAGACUUCAUGCCUUCCGGUAUACAGAGGGCACAUGUAUUCCACAGUUGGAGAAGACAUAUAUGACUCAUCCCUCGGUGAAGAAUCAAAUCAAAACAGUAUUGGCUUCCCAAGAGCUCUUGAAGUGUAUUCAGGAUUGGAUUAGCUAUAAUGCUGUGCUGGAGGCAAAGCGAGUUCAACCUGCCCAAUUGCUUAGGUCUCAAUGGAGACUUAGAAUCCAUCAAAAGAUCCCAUCACCAAUCACGGUCCCUGAAGACAAUUUUCUGAAAUCAGUACUCAAAGGCCUGAGUAAAACUCACAUUAAUUGGCAGGCCAGUUCUCAAGCUGAUUCUCUUGCACAUAUGAAAAGAGUACUCAGAGAAUUGGUCAUCGAACUGUGCUUAUGGGAAGGAUAUAGAGAUCAGUUUCUAGAGGCUCAGGAAGGAUUUAAAUGUCUCCUCAUGGAAGUGGUUCAACUAAUCCAGGGUUCUCCUAACUGGAGAGCUUGGAAGCCUUGGUUGAACCUGACCUUUGGAAAGGAUGAUGAUGAUGUUGCACUCCAGUGCUACAAGGAACUCUUCAAGGAUGAUCAAGCAGGGACUUUGCUAUCUGUGACACAUAGUCAGCUACAUCAAAAGCAGAAAGAAAAGUUGUUCAAGCUCUUCAAAAAUUUACACAAUGGGUUGAAAGAGGCAGGACUUGAUGUCAAAUUGGGGAAUACCAGUAAAGGCCUACAUCCUGCUAUCAGUUCUCCCCUAGAGGAGCUUAUACAAACAUGUAUAAAGGCUCAAGAGGACUUGAAUCACGCAGUUGAACAGGAACCUUCCAUCCCUCUUAUUGCCCCCGAGGACAUUUCAAUGCCUGCAGAAAACUCACUUCAGCUCCAUUAUGCAAAUGAAGACAAUCUGUUGGAACUAUACUCACAGAGCAACGGCAUUGAAGAGGAUCAAGGCAUUUUUCACUCAAAACAUAAUGCGAAAGGCAAGAAGAAGGUGAAGCAAACUGAGGAAAUGAAUUUUGAAGAGGAAGAGCAGGAAAACAGAGAAGAGCAAGAGCAGGAAGAGGAAGAGGAAGAGGAAGAGGAAGAGGAAGAGGAAGAACAGGAAGAGUAA